CGUCUGUCUCGCGGUGCCCUCUCCCCUGGCUCGCGCUGCCUUUUAAAGCAAACUCUCACAGCAUGCUAUUUCCCACUCUGCCAGACGAAGGGACACGGUGCGGAGCUGCUGUGUCUUUCAUUCAACCCCCCCUUCCUCUCGUCACCCCCAUCGUUCUCGUUGUUUAGUUUAAUUCUUUAGCAGCUUGUUUACACAGUUAGCUUGUUUCAGUCAUGUAUCGCUAUUUCGGAGAGCUGUUGAGCCGCUCUGCGGGAAGUGCCCUGGCCUCGGGAUGCGUUGACUCCGCUCUCCCGGUGUCGUCCUCCCUGAUGCGGGUCCGCCGUUAUGCCGACGCGGCCGAGCAGCCCGACGACCCGAACUUCUUCAAGAUGGUCGAAGGGUUCUUUGACCGCGGUGCCACUAUCGUUGAGGACAAGUUGGUGGAGGACCUGAAGACCAGGGAGAGCUCCGAGCAGAAAAGGCACCGUGUUCGCGGCAUCCUGCGCAUCAUCAAGCCGUGCAAUCACGUCCUGAGCGUGUCUUUCCCGAUCAAGAGGGAUAACGGAGAGUGGGAGGUGGUGGAGGGGUAUCGCGCCCAGCACAGCCAGCACAGGACACCAUGCAAAGGAGGUAUCCGUUACAGCACCGACGUGUCUGUGGACGAGGUGAAAGCUUUGGCCUCUUUGAUGACCUACAAGUGCGCUGUCGUUGAUGUGCCAUUUGGAGGUGCCAAAGCUGGAGUGAAGAUCAACACCAGGAACUAUUCUGAUAAUGAGCUGGAGAAGAUUACCAGGAGGUUCACCAUUGAACUGGCCAAAAAGGGUUUUAUUGGGCCUGGCAUCGAUGUCCCGGCGCCAGACAUGAGCACCGGAGAGAGGGAAAUGUCCUGGAUCGCCGACACUUACGCCAACACCAUCGCACACACCGACAUAAACGCCCAUGCGUGUGUGACAGGAAAACCCAUCAGUCAGGGAGGAAUCCACGGUCGCAUCUCUGCCACCGGGCGUGGAGUUUUCCACGGGAUUGAGAACUUCAUCAAUGAGGCGUCCUACAUGAGCAUGGUGGGCCUGACGCCGGGCUUCCAGGACAAGACCUUCGUCAUCCAGGGUUUCGGUAAUGUGGGUCUCCACUCCAUGAGGUACCUGCACCGGUUCGGUGCCAAGUGUGUGGGUGUUGGUGAGAUUGAUGGAGCCAUCUACAACCCAGACGGCAUCGACCCAAAGCAGCUGGAGGAUUACAAACUGCAACACGGCACCAUUGUGGGCUUCCCGGGAGCCAAGCCAUACGAUGGGAACAUCCUGGAGGCGGACUGCCACAUCCUGAUUCCUGCUGCUGGAGAAAAGCAGCUCACACGCAACAACGCCCGCAGGAUCAAGGCGAAGAUCAUUGCUGAGGGAGCCAACGGACCCACCACCCCAGAGGCAGACAAGAUCUUCCUGGAGAACAACGUCAUGGUUAUUCCUGACAUGUACCUGAACGCUGGUGGUGUGACUGUGUCGUACUUCGAGUGGCUCAAGAAUCUCAAUCAUGUCAGUUAUGGGAGACUGACCUUCAAGUACGAGAGAGACUCAAACUACCACCUUCUCAUGUCAGUGCAGGAGAGUCUAGAGAGGAAGUUUGGGAAGCAGGGAGGACCCAUCCCCAUCGUUCCCACCGCCGACUUCCAGGCCAGAAUUGCUGGCGCCUCGGAGAAGGACAUUGUUCACUCAGGUCUGGCCUACACCAUGGAGCGCUCCGCCCGGCAAAUCAUGCGCACAGCAAGCAAGUACAACCUGGGUCUGGACCUGCGGACGGCCGCGUACGUCAACGCCAUCGAGAAGGUCUUCAAGGUCUACAACGAAGCUGGGCUGACCUUCACAUAAACGCCAACCUGCACUGCUCCCCGUUCCUCCGCUCUCCCUGCUAGUCAUCCCUCUCUCCGGCUCCCCUCUACCUCCUCAGACAGCCUUCUGAACAUAUCACCGUUUACCGCAGCUCGCCACAACCUCACAUUUCCUCUGCGAUAUCUGUGCAGCCGUCGAGACGCCGCCCUGUCCUCGGAGUUGGAGCAGACAUCGGUGUUUGUAAAGAGAGAGAAGACUCUUUCCCUCCCUCUGCAGCCCUGUAGGUGUUUGUAUUGUGGCAGCCAUGUUUCAAGGCGCUCCUAUCGUAGUAGCUGAAUGCAUGUAUAGCCGUUUCUGAUGCCUUAUUUCAGGAAGAGGUGGCGCCUUGAAGGGAGCUGACCACUUCAGUCCAACGUUGAUUAAAAGGGAUUUAGAUUUAACUCCAUGUGAAUUAGUCGGAUUAGUUGUUUUAAAUCUUUCUGGUGAAAAGAUUAGCGGUUCUAAAUUUCAAGGAUUUGUUUUUUCAAGUGUUUUUACUGUCCUCUUCAUAUUUCUGCUUCCCUUGUUGCUUUAGCUUAACGCAGCUUCUCUAGACGCCGCCGGCCUCUAGAGAGGAGUGGAGGUUUGGCGAGCGCAUCGUGAUCACCAUGUUAGUUCUUGUCAGCUUAACCGUCCUAUUGCUGCAUUGAAACAAGUUUUUUUGUUGGUUUUUUUGGAGGAAACUGCUUUUUAUUUUUGUGUUAAUUUUUUUUUUUUGAAACGACAAAUAAAACGUUCUUAAAAAGGC